AUGGCCAAGCAACCGUUAUCAUCCCAGCUCGGACGAAUAGUGACGGGGAGAUCGACUCUAUUGGAGGAUAUCACCGGUGCCAGUGGUCAUUCGAAGGAUGCAAGCGAAGGAGAUAUUGCGACUGAGGAAAUCCAGAUCGAGAAAGUCACCACCGAUGGGAGGCAACACCUCAUAAUGGACACCCCUGGCUUCCAUAUGGACAAGGAAAUGGACGCGGUCUACAAGGUUAAUGGAGGCGUUCAGGAAGUUCAGAAUUACACCCAAACUUGGGGGAUUCUCUACGUGACAAAGGUCGACUUACGAAUCGAGACCACCGAUGAGAUAUUGCUCGGAUUCAACAGAUGCUUCCCAAGGCAGGACUUUGUCCGGCACAUUACCUUCGUGACUCUACAUUGA